AUGACUGAAAACAAUAACAAUUAUAAGGACGAAAAGACAAUGGUCGAACAAAUCUCUAUGAAAAAAUCACGCCCAUUACCAAAGAUACCCGAGCGUGUUUCAUCCAGAGACAUACCUACUUUACCACUAAACAAGAUUGAGAAUGUAAUAGACAGUUUCAAGAAUCAAAAGAGACUUACAGCUCAACAAAUAUUUCAGACAAUAAAUGACGAUGAAGAAGAAGAAGAAUGUGGCGGUGUAUAUUCCACAAAGACAGAGAUCCCGACAAGCACUUAUAUCUUGUCAGAGCCUUCAUUUUUCUUUUCUAAAAAGUUAAUGACACCUGUGUUAGAAGUGGAUGAGGAGGAUGAGGAGUACCUAACGCUACCUCCAACAACAACAACAGAUCAUUAUAUAAUAUCUGAGCAUGCAGAUACUUCUGAUCAAGGCGAACCAAGCCUUGAAAGUGGUCGAACAUCGCCCUCAUCAUCCAUUGAUUCGACAGUCCAAGCUCAGGAAACAAGGGAGAUACUGGAUGAUAUAAGCACUCUAAACCUUGGCUCUGUCUCUUCACCACCAUUCCCAUUACAUCAACAUCAGCAUCAACAAGAGGAGGCAUACAACAAAGAACCACUGCAGAAUUCCUUACUAAUGGACGUCCAGAACCUAUCACAGAUAAAUCACGCUUUGAUGACACCACCAUUUCAACCUACGACAGUCAAGCCAGAAAACACUUACUUUAUGAACUCACCUAUUCCUACCAUGACCUCAUUCAGUCUUACACACGAUAAAGCAUCCAUCAAGACAUUUCGUAGAAUGGCCAAUAAGACACACGAUCCUCAAACGCAAUUCACCUAUGCAAAGUACCUGAUUCAGCUUGUAUUGUUCUAUUCCAAUAACAAUCAAACCAACAAUGAAGCCAUCUCAUCUGUUUCUGCCGAGACAAGGGAGCGCUUACAAGAAGAGGCAGAGUACUGGAUAGAAAAGCUUGCCAAGUCUAAUCACCCUGAAGCUUUGUAUAUUAAAGGUCACUGGCAUCGCUUUGGUCAGCAGUAUCAUCUUAUUGGAUCACAAUAUAAAAGAGUGAAUCACUCCAAGGCAUUCAAGUGCUUUCAACAAUCAGCCAAGUUGGGUUGUACAGAGGCACACUAUGAACUUGCAGAGUAUUACGUGAGCCAAAAAGAAUAUAGAAAGGCAAUCACAAGCUAUAAAUAUGCCGCUUCAAAGAAUCAUACAUUGGCACUUUAUAAACUGGCAAAUAUCUUACUGCGUGGUCUGUUGAGUCAAGAAACAGACGUACAUCAGGGACUAGCCUUCCUUAAACAAGCCGCAGAUGCAGGGAAUAACCAAGACUGUGCACGACCUGCAUAUGACCUUGCAUGCAUCUAUGCAAAUGACCUUGAAAGUAUUGACCUUGAAAAAAACUCCAUUUUAUCCUCAUGGAUAACUGAACAAUAUUAUCCUUUGGCUAUUCAAUAUUUUAAAAAGGCAGAUGAACUCGGUAUGGCCGCCGCCGCUUUUCGUUUAGGAAAGAUCUAUGAACAUGGUCAGCUUGGACAAGUCAAGAGUGAUGAAGAGGCAUUCAAAUACUAUACACGAGCAGCUGAAAAAAAGUCUCAUGAGGCGAUGUUAGAACUAUCAAGACUAUACAAAGAUGGUAUCCCGGGUUAUCUAAGUCCUCAUGCUUUAAUGGCGUAUAAGUGGUGUCUAUAUGCCACUGAAAAUGGGAACGAAAUUGCUGAAUAUACAUUAGGAUGUUACUAUGAAGAAGGGAUAGGAGUAUAUCCAGAUUACUCCCAGGCACUCGUGUGGUUUAGUAAAUCGGCUGCCAAAGGAUAUAAACUUGCAGAGGAUAAGCUAAACGUCCCUUUCAACAAACGAAAGAGUGUGAUCAUAAGCACAAAGAGGAAGAGAAGUAAAAGAUACUAUGAAGAAAGCAUACGAAUUGCUGAACAAUCAAGAAAAGCUAAAGUAGAGAAUGAUUGUCAUGUCAUGUAA